UAAGUACGACCUAUCUAAAGUAUUCGGGGGGGAUACAAAAGAUGGAAAAACGCAGACUGGACUGUGUUGGGCUACCCCCAGGCUGGAAACGCGAAGAAGUCGUCCGAAAAUCGGGAUUAUCUGCAGGAAAGACUGAUGUAUAUUAUAUAAGCCCAGAUGGUAAAAAGAUAAGAAGCAAACCACAGUUGGCUAGACAGCUAGGUGAACAGUUUGAUCUCAGUGCUUUUGAUUUCCGCAGUGGUCGAAUUAACCACAGUCAACUGAGAAAAAGUAAGCGCCCACAAGGACCUUAUGACUUCACCAGAGGAAUGAGGCAUGAUAGUAGUUUAGUGUUGCCUAUACGACAGACUGCCUCCAUCUUUAAACAGCCAGUCACUGUAAUCCACAGGCAGGAGAGCAAAACAAAAUCAGAGUUAAAACAUGGACCACAGGAUCCCCCCAAACAGUUGUUUUGGGAAAAACGUCUACAAGGAAUACAAGCCUGUGAUAAUCAAGAGGAAGUCAUCAAAGCUCUGGAUCUGCCCAGAAAUGUACAAGGAGUAGGUCCCGAGCUAACAACAGAAAACAUUUUGCAAAGUAUAUCAGCGGCUCUCCAUAUCAGUAACAGCCCUGUCGUUGGUCAAGGUAACAACCGGGCAACAGUGGCCAAAAACCCAGGUGUCAACAUUGAUGUGUACCAACCACACAUACAGCAAGUGAUUGUAUCUGAAGAUGAUAUCCGUCGACAAGAAUUGAAAGUGGUUGAAGCAAGAAAGAAGUUACAGGAUGCCAUUAAGGGACUCAUGUAGUGAUCAUUUAUACACCCGUUUUAUUAAAACCCAGUAAAUCUGAAAUAUGCGUGCUGUCAUUGAUGCUUGUCAUUAUCCCGAACAUUGUAUGCGUGAUCACAUCUGUAAUAGUUUUCAUCAUUGCAGAGUUUCGUUGCUGCUGUGCAUGCGAGAAAGAUUUCAACAAUCAUUUGUCUUAUUUAUUGAAUAAAAGGAACUGACCUGAU